AUGGAUUUACAGCUUUCAAAUUCUUCUUCAUGGCAUAUUCUACAUAUAGUCAGGUUCCUCCUAAUUGUUGAACUUCUCGUCACUCACUUUCAGGACGAAAACACCCUCGCAUCAGCUUGCUCUGCUUACUGCUGUCGCCGCCUUCUUUCCGACGCCGAAACCUUUCCGCCAAUUGGAGUAUUAAUGGAAGAUUCAACACAAGAAAAUGACAAGAUUCAGGGAAGAGGUAUCGAAAAGUAUGCGAAAUGGACGUUGGAAGAAAGCAAUGAGCUGCUAAAACUCAUGGUUGAUGCUGCCAAUCGUGGUUGGUGUGAUACUAAUGGUGUGUUCAGCAAGAUAACAGUAGAAAAACAUAUACUCCCCCAUCUUAACCAAAAGCUUGGUGUUGAAAAAACCUAUGCUCAAUAUAAAAGUCGUGUGAAAUGGUUUAAAAGCCAGUAUAACAAGUAUUCUAAGCUUAUGCGUCAUGACUCUGGGUUUGGAUGGGAUCAUGUGACGAAGAAAUUCACUGCUAGUGAUGAAGUAUGGGACGAUUACUUUAUGUCUCAUCCCUAG